AGAGGUGCUCGGCGCUGGGAGCCGGAGCGACGGUCGGACUGUUACCGGGACUGGGAGUCGGAGCGGAGGCGAAGCGGGAGACGGUAGCGGAGUGGAGCAGGGAGCCGGGCGAGGGAAUCCGGAGCGGAGCGGCGAUGGAGCGCCGGCUGCUGCGGGCUCUGACUCUCGCUCUGCUGCUCGGUACCGCUCAGGGACAGGGGGUGUACGCUCCGGCCAACGCGCGGAUCGUGCACUCGGGCCAGGCCUGCGUGGUGAAGGACGACAACCUGAGCGAACGGGUCUACACCAUCCGAGAGGGCAGCACCCUGGUCCUCGUCUGCCUCGUCACAGGGCACCCUCGGCCACAGGUGCGCUGGACAAAGACGGUGGGCAGCGCGUCGGACCGGCUACAGGAGAGCUCGGUGUUUAACGAGACGCUGCGUAUCCCUUCCAUCGACCGUGGGCAGGGGGGACGAUAUUACUGUAAAGCGGAGAACGGGAUCGGUGGCCCUGCCAUCAAGUCCAUUCGAGUAGAUGUCCAGUACCUGGACGAGCCGGUGCUGACAGUUCACCAGAGCGUGAGCGACGUCCGCGGCGAGAACUACUACCGGGAGCGCACGGUCUUUCUCCGCUGCACGGUCAGCUCCAACCCCCCCGCACACUUCACCUGGAAACGCGGCGGUCAGAUAGUCAUUCAGAAACAGGACCAGGGCGUCGACAUCUACGAACCGCUCUAUACUCAGGGUGAGACCAAAGUCCUAAAGCUGAAAGACCUGCGCCCUCGAGAUUACGCCAACUUUACCUGCCUGGUGUCCGUCCGGAACGUCUGCAACAUUCCUGACAAAUCUGCCUCCUUCCAGCUGAAGAACACCACCGCUCCCCCAGUGCUGUCGGUGUCGGUACCGGAGUUGCUGGUGGUGGACCCCGGCAGCGACGUGGAGAUGGAGUGCUUGGUGGUUGGUGGGGACCCUCCUCCCCUGCUCUGGUGGUCUCACUCCCCCGGUCCCAUGCCGGACAACGUCCGCAUCCAGGCAGGAAAACUGUGGAUCCGGGACAUCAGGCGAGAACAGGCCGGACACUACAACUGCUCGGCACAGAAUGGCGUCGGCAAUCCUGCACGCCGAUCGGUGGAGGUGCAGGUCCGCGCCCUGUGGAACGGCCGGUUCUGGAUCACCCCCGACCCGUUCCAUGACGAUGAGAAGAUUCACCUGGACCGGGAGGUGAAGGUGUCCUGUCAGGUGGAGGCAGUGCCGCAGGAGGAGCUGACCUACCGCUGGCUGAAGAACGGUCGCACCCUGCGGCCCAGCAGUCGCAUUAUCAUCUCCCGCAACGACCAGGAGUUCCCGCCGGGGGUCACCAGCCUGGACAUCAUCAGUAUGCGCUUCUCCGACUCCGCCACCUACACGUGCGUGGCCUCCCUCCGCAGUUCAGCCAUUCCCGAGGUCAGCAUCGACGUCAACAUCUCCACCAGCCUGGAGCCCCCUGUGCUGGAGGUGGUCCAGCCCGUGGUGGAGGUGAUAGAGGGCUCCUCGGUGGAGCUGCGCUGUGUGGUGAGUGGGAAGCCGAAGCCGGCGGUGCUGUGGUCCCGGAUGGACAAGGACAAGGAGCGGAGCCUCCCAGCGGGAAUGCCGGAGUGGGAGUCCUUGGAUGGGAUACUGCGCCUGGACAAUGUCAGCCGGGACCAGAGUGGGACGUACCGCUGUCGCACCGGAGUGUACAACGCGCUCAACGUCCGCGCCCGGGAGGGGAGCAUCCACUUCAACGUACUGUAUCCCCUGACAGUGGAGCCAGAGUUUGCGGAUGUGCGGCAGAGGCUGGGCCGCGGGGUCACACUGACCUGUCGGGUGGUCAGCGGGAACCCGAUGAAGUUGACGUCGGCCGAGUGGACCCUGGGCGAGGACCCCCUGGAGAGGCUGGAGCUCGAGACCCCUGACCGCUCCGAGCUGAAGCUGCCUCCUCUGCGGCCGGGCAUGUACGGGGUGUACCGGUGCCGGAUGUCCAAUGCUGUGGGGAUGCAGACCUGUCUCUUCAACCUCACUGGACGAGCCUACGAGCCAGAGUUUUAUUUCGACACCCCAAGCCCGGUGCGGCUCCAGCAUCCCAACCUGUACACCUUCCUCCUGCAGUGGACACAGCGGCUUCCCAAUGCAGUCGGGGACAUCCUGAGGUAUCAGUUGGAUGCCCAGGAGGAGGGAUCACCCAGCGUGUGGCUGAAGCCGAGCAUGAUCACCGUCAACAAGAGCAUCGAGGCGGGCUCCCUCCUCACCUACACUCUGGGCAACCUCCGGAUCCCUCGCUCCUAUCGGGUCCACCUCACCCCCAUCACCAGCUAUGGGCCGGGCGACACUGCCAGCCGCACCAUCCUCUACACCAACCCCGCUUCCUCUCUGCCGCCCUCAGGAGAGCUGGUGUGUGGGUUCGAGGAUGAUCAGAUCUGCGGCUUCACCCAGGACACUCGGGAUGACUUCGACUGGACACGGGAGAGUAACGUGACCCAGGACCCCAAGAAGACACCCAACACCGGCCCCCGCUUCGACAACAGCGGCAAGAGGACGGGCUACUACAUGUUCAUUGAGGCAUCAACCCCGCGGAGACCAGGUGACCGGGCCAGACUCAUCAGCCCCCUGUACAACGUCACUCACAGGGUGGGCUUCAGGACCCCGCGGAGCACCCCCUUCUGCGUCAGCUUCUACUACCACAUGUACGGCAAGCACGUGGGCUCCCUGAACGUGCUGGUGCGGACCCAGGGGGUGAAGGCGGUGGAGACUCCGGUCUGGAGCCUGAAUGGGAACCAAGCGGAGGAGUGGCGGCUGGGCAGUGUGACCAUCAAUCCCAGCGGACCCUUCCAGGUGGUGCUGGAGGCUAUCCGCGGGCCUGGAUACCUUGGUGACAUCGGCAUCGAUGAUGUCAGCAUUACCCGGGGCCCCUGCUCUAAACGGCCAUUCUCUGAGAAAGAUGUGAUUCCCCGGGACCAAGACCGGAACGGGGCGACUGUGCCAGGAGCUGGCUGGGACUGGAGUCUUGUCGUGGCCUCUCUGAGCUGCCUCUCGCUGCUCAGGUGAUGAGGGAGGAAGUGUGAAAGGAAGGUCCAGGGCUGGUGCCAGCACCUCCCCUCCCUGCCCCCCUCACCCCCCCAGGCCCCCACACUCAACUUCCCACCAACACCAGCCUCUCAUCAUCUGCCCAACCUGUGCCACUCAUUCCACCGACCGGCCCCCACCCCACUUGCUCAAUUGACCCCCCCUCCCCCACUCCAGCCUACAGACACACUAACAGACAGAGACACACACACAUGCAGACUUGCGCACAGACACAUGCAGACUUGCGCACACAGACAUACAUGCAGACACAAACACAGACGUGCAGAUACACACAGAUAGAUAGGUACAUACACACCCCAAUCAGUCCCAUUUACCCCACCCAUACACUCCCCCCACCACCUGUCCCACUCCUCCCCUGACCUCCACUCACACUCUUCUACCAAAGACUGUGCCGGCCCCGCUGGGUCCCACUCUCCAGGACAGGCCGACCGACGGUCAAACUCCCCGUCCCCCACUCCAGCAGCCACCUCUCUCCCCCCCACCCCCUCGCACUGGCGAGAAUAAAGCACAACAUGAGAAUCUGAUGGCUGUAACCGUGGUGCCACGUUCCCCUGGUCGAAUGCAGCACUACUCACCCUCUUCCCCCCUAUUCCUUUCCCCUCCCCUCCUACCAGCCCUCCACUGGCCAGGGACUUGCCCCACCCACCUCUCUCCCCUCCCCACCCCUGCUUCCCAUGGAGACGUGAUUGUAAACUGACCAAAAGCACAAUGUAAAACUCUCGCUGUAACUUAUCUCAGAUUAUUCGAAGUUUUAAUAAAACAUUAUUAUU